AUGGCCAAGGCGAAACUGAAAAAGAAAGGCGGGCAGGCGGGGCUGAAACAGGCUCAGCGCAGUCAGCGGAAAGUGUUGGACGCGUUCACCCGCGCCGAGCGUGAGCUUAAUGGCGGUGACUCCGAUGAAGACGAUAACGGUGGCUCCGAUGACGAUGCCCACCGCGUCGUCGGCGGGGUAUUGGACGCCCGGCGCUUUCUUGGGGAAGAUGCUGAGAACCACGGCGACUUCUCCGACUCGGAAAUCGACUCCGACGCCGCGUUGGGCUCCGACGACGACUACGAUGUGCUCAACCUGAAGUUCUCGCAAACGCUUAGAGAUAAGGCGAAAAGACGACGGCUCGCAGAGAAACGGGGCGAACAAUACGAAAGCAGCGACGAAGACGACGAUGAAGGAUACGCCAGUAUCGACGAACUGCAGAUGGUCCCCCUCUCAGUGGCGUGGGACAUGGAUGAAGCCGAUUUAGCUAAGCAGACGGGCGAGGUGGUAUUGGACGACCAGUGGGAGCUGGAGCUGGAGUCGGAGCUGGAACUGAGUCUGAGCGACAGCGACGACGCCAGUCUGAGCGACGAGCUGGACGUGUUUGCCGGGUUUGACGACGACAACGACGUCAACUUGACGACGACGAUGGCGCUGCUCAAUCAGGAAAUCGAGCUGGAAAAACCCAAACAGAAGAAGAAGCUCAUGGUGGAAAAGAGAGAGGAGAGCGAGUACGCGUUGCCCACCAACGGGGCCAAGUUGCUGCUUCAAGAUAUGUUGGCGGUGGUGGAACAACCGGACGCGGUGUUAAUUGAUAGAGACACCACUCCCCUUGCCGUUCCCUUACCGAAACGGAUCCAACAGCGUCACGACCGGGAAGCGGCGUUUGAGUUAACCAGAAACGAGAUCGGUAAGUGGUCGGAGGCCAUCUAUACUAAUCGGGAAGCGGAAACGCUUAAGUUCCCCAUUGCCCCCGAACCUGAGUUGCCGCUGAAGGCGCUUACGUUCCGCCAAGAAGCCGAGGCCUCUACCGACUUGGAAAAGAAGAUCGAGCUGGUGCUUAAGCAGCUGGCGCUUUUAGAUGAACAGAACGAGGCCACUUUUGAGGAGAUCCAAAAGGCCAAAUUGCUGCCGGAAGAAGUGCGCAAACGGACGGCGGAGCUCAGACAGAUGCGUGAGCUUAUGUUUAGAGACGAACAGCGGGCGAAGCGGUUGAAAAAGAUCAAAUCCAAGCUGUACCGCCGGGUGCUUAAACGUGAACGUUUACGUAAUGCUGAGUUAGUCGAUGACGAAGAAGACGAAGACAGCGACGACUGGGAACGUGACGAAGAUAAAGACAUGAGACGCGCCGAAGAACGGAUGCUGCUUAAGCAUAAAACGCAGGGGAAGUGGGCGAAACUGAUGAUCAAGCUGGGGCUCCUGAAGGACGCCGACUCGCGGGCCGAGCUUGAAGAGAUGUUACGCCAGGGCGAACGGUUGCGGGAGAAGCAAAUGGGCCACGCCGACGGCGACCAGAGCGACCUGGGGGUGCUGGACGUCGAACAAGAGUACCAGAAAGACGAUACAGUCGCCGACGACACCUUGCGGUCUCGCUUGGGUAAAGGGGUGCUUGCCAUGAGUUUCAUGAAGAAGUCUCAGGAGAAACAGAGACAACAGAACCUCGCCGAGAUCGAGGAGAUGAAACAGUUGGAGGAAGGCCAUGAACCGUCGCUGGUGAACCAACAUAUAAAUGUCGGUAGACGGGUAUACACCCCGGGGGCUGCUGCCACUAAAGCCGAUGCCGAACGGGUCAACGCUGAGCUCGACGCCUUUGCCGAAGAGAACCAGCUGGCCCUGUUGGAGAAUAAGCUCCGGGGACGCGACCGUAUCGUGGAGAUUAACGAGGAAGAACAAGAGUCUCAGCCCAUCGAGCAAUCGGAGUUUUCUGAGGCGAACCCGUGGCUCCAGGUGAAGCUGGAUAAGCACCUGGGUCCCAAACUGCUGAAGAUCCAUGUGGUGGACGAGUCGCUGUCCAAGCUCGCCAAGGCGGCGGCGAAGAUCGCUAAGCAACAGAAGUCUAAGCACAAGGAGAAGGAGCUUUUGAUUGACAUUGACCAACAACAAUUACGCGGUGACGUUGAUGCUGAUGGCGACGAUAGCGAUGACGGUAAGUUUGUCCAGAAAGAUCUCAUUUCCGAGGCGUUUGCUGGUGACGAUGUUGUCGCUGAAUUCGAAGCGGAAAAGCGUGAGGUGAUUGAAGAAGAAGGCGAUAAGGAGGAAGACGUCACUUUACCUGGGUGGGGUGACUGGGCUGGCGACCUGGCCCCGCAGAAGAAGCGGCGGAAGGUGGUUCGCAAGAUCGAUGGGGUGGUGCAAGCUAACCAGCGUCAAGAUAAGGAUAUGAAACGGGUGAUCAUCAACGAAAAGGUGAAUAAGAAGAACCUCAAAUACCACUCGCUGGCGGUGCCGUUCCCUUACGAGUCGCAAGAACAGUACGAGCGGUCGUUGCGGAUGCCCCUUGGCCAGGAAUGGACGACGAAGCGUGCCCACCAACGCAUGACGACGCCGAGAGUGCUCGUGAAACAGGGUACGGUGAUCGACCCGUUGAAGGCCCCCUUCAAGAUGACUCAAUUGCCUAAGUUCCAAGGUCUUUUGGGGAAACUUGCUGACGCCAGCGACCGCCAGUUCUUAACUGACUUGAUGAAAGACGUGGAAGACGUGGUUCAAGAUUACGAAGCGGCGUGGAACAUGAUCAGUAUCGCCUCAAACCCGUUAAGUGAGCUUAUUAAUUCAAAGGAAUCUCUCCCAGGGUUAAACCGUGACGAUGUUCAACACUUAAACCAAUCGUUUGCCCAGAUUCAAGCUAAUUAUGACCAACACAAACAACAAAUUGAGGCUCUGGCGGAUUUACUCUCGAUGUUUACCGACGAAAAGGGGUACAUUAACACUCGUAAGACUGUCGACACGGAGCUUGACGUGUUGAAAGUGGCUACUACCAUGGAAAUCUCAGAGUUGUUGGAUAAUCUCUACGGGGUGCCUCGCGAAACCUGUCAACGGCUUAAGGAGUGCUUUGACAAGGCGAGACAAGAGGUCGACGACUUCAAGGCGGCGUUGACGGAAAAGAUCGUCGAGACGUUUGCCGAGAGAUUACACAACACCACCAUCCCCAGCGUGGUCAUCAUGGAGGCGGUGUUGAUGCUCCGCGACACUGCCAACUCCGACCCCAAGCGCCAAAAGAAAUAG